UUUUCUACUUCCUCCUUCAUUCAAUUCUCUUCAUUUUUCUUCUCUUCUUAAUUCCUCUCUACAUGAUCCUCAAAACCCUUUAUUUUACUUAAUCCAACAAAUCAUCACAUGCCCUUCCAAACCUCAACACUAAAAUUCUUUUCAUAUACAUAUAAUUAUUAAACCCUAAGAUGAGUAUGAACACUAGUUGUAGCGGAAGCCCUAGUGGUGGUGGCGGUGGUGGAAGCAGUAGUGGUGGUGGUGGCAGCAGCGGUGGCGGUGGCCCUUGUGGGGCUUGCAAAUUCUUAAGGAGAAAGUGUGUACCCGGGUGUAUAUUUGCACCCUACUUUGAUUCGGAGCAAGGUGCCACACAUUUUGCGGCGGUUCACAAGGUUUUUGGUGCUAGCAAUGUUUCAAAGCUUCUCAUGAAUAUUCCAGUUCAUAAAAGACUUGAUGCUGUUGUCACUAUUUGUUAUGAAGCUCAAGCAAGACUUAGAGACCCUGUCUAUGGCUGCGUUGCUCAUAUCUUUGCUCUUCAACAACAGAUAGUGAAUUUACAAGCAGAACUUUCAUAUUUACAAGGUUAUCUUGCAACCCUUGAGUUACCUCAUCCGCCACAACUACCUCCUACUCCGCCGCAACCAACCCUAGCCCCUCCGACUCUCUCGAUCUCUGACCUCCCACCUCCACAUCCCACUCCUGCCAGCACGGCUACCGUACCAAUCACGUAUGAUUUGUCUUCACUCUUUGAACCUAUGGCCCAAACUUCUUGGGCCAUGCACAAUAGGCCCAUUGAUGCACCCCGCCAAUUUUUGAGUAGUGACACAUCAUCUUUACAGUCUAGUGGCGACGGUGGCGACGGUGGCGGCGGUGGUGAUCUUCAAACACUGGCUCAUGAGCUUUUGCGUAGACAUGGAGUUGAUCCUACUGCUCCUGUGGCAUGUUCUAGUGCCCCCUCAUCAUCACAAUCUCAUUCAAAAUGAACACAAUCUUGGAUUUAAUUUACUGAUGUCGGAUCUUUUGGUCUAUUUGAAAAAUUAAGAAGAGAUUUUAGUUGAA